UACUUCACAGACUCCAACUCGUCUACUGCACUUUUUUUGUUUGUUUUUCUCUCAGUCCCUUCUUCUUGAACUUCCGAACCCCUCUCUCUCUCUCUCUCUCUCUCUCUCUCUUAGUGGGUUUCCAAUCUCAGAUGUAGAAAAACAGCAGAUCAGCACGUUUCCUCGCGGUAAAAUACCAUCACUGUUCUCUCUUUCUACGUGUUGGGUCGUUAGGCAAUUAAUUGCGAGGAAAGUGAGAAUCCGGAUUGAUUUGGCGAUGGCAAGAAAAGGGAUGUUUCUUGAUUCCAUGUUUAGUUUAGAAUCGUAUUAAAGCUCUGAUUUUUUCCUUCUCGGGUUUGACUCUGAAGCUGAGCUGAUUUUAAGAGCGGUCCUUUCUUGGUAAUUAACAUGUCCCUUUUCUGGAGAAGCGAAUUGAGAUAUGAACAAAGAACUGCCACCGGAGCCUCUUGAUUUCUUCAUUUGGACUGUUGAGGAUGUCGGUUCGUGGUUGGAAGAGAUAAAUUUGGGUGGCUAUCGUCAAGUUUUUAAGGAAAAUGGUGUCAACGGAGAAUAUCUUGAGAGCAUGUCUAUGUUCACGACUGAGCAGAUCCUCCGCUUUAUUAGGCGGUGCCACAUGAAAUGGGGAGACUUCAUCACAUUAUGUAAAGAGCUUCGUCGCAUUAAGGUGGCAUGUCUAAAAGGAGAGCAGAAGGUGCGCCGGCCAUGGUGGGCUCCUUCUUGCCUUUCAGUUUUCUUUGUCAGGGUGGCGAAACGGAACAGGCAGUCUCGGGUUGUUUCACUUAAGCUUGAACCGUGAUGCAAGAUCAUCUGGCUACUAAAUACGUACCUUUUUGUAUUUAUCUUUUCCCUUUCCUCAGAUAAGGUUCAAACAAGUAGGGAUUGAGUAUUUUCUUUCUUAAGGUUGUAUGUAUCAUAUCAAGCUGUUAAGUUUUUUUGCCUUCAGUUCUUCCUCCAUGAGCUGUCCCCUAGGUAGAGUCUGUUUUAUCCGUUUUCUUGCUGUCGGUCCUGUAAUUGUGUCACUCAAGUUUGUGAU